AUGAUCGCUCGGAAACGGCACGCUAACAACUACUCAUUAGAGGCCGGCUCAAAAGCGCACACGCACUUCCGCCAAGCCCACGAAGGCCACAAGCCUCACGCCGGCCUCGACCCUUCACGCGCCUCGACCGGCGUAGUCUGGACGACCGAGCGCGCCUACGAACACGGCUUCCUCGAGCACCCCGAAGAAUGGGCCAACCUUGGCCAAGGCGCGCCAGAAGUCGAAGACGACAUCGAAGGCUGCUUCCCCCGCCCCACCACCAUCGAAGUCUCGAACACCGGCCGCGAAUACGGCCCGACGGCGGGCAUAAAACCCCUCCGCGAAGCCGUCGCAAACCUCUACAACACCCACCACCGGCAGAACAAACCCAGCCAAUACACCUGGGAAAAUGUGUGCAUCGUCCCCGGCGGGCGCGCAGGUCUCAUCCGUAUCGCCGCGGUGCUAGGCAACGCAUACCUCGGCUUCUUCAUCCCGGACUACACAGCGUACAACGAGAUGCUGUCGUUGUUUAGGAACUUCGCCGCCAUUCCCAUCCCGCUCGCACGAGAGGAUAAAUAUCACAUCCACGCUGACAAGAUAAAGGAUGAGAUUAGUCGGGGUACUAGCGUGAUUUUGACAUCGAACCCGCGGAACCCGACGGGGAUGAUGGUGGGGACCGACGAGCUGGCGCGGAUCCAGGAUAUCUGCCGGGAUCGCGCGACGUUGAUCAUGGAUGAGUUUUAUGGUGGGUAUAAUUACACGACUGAUUGUGAUGGGGCUGUCAUUUCCGCCGCGGACAAUAUUGUGGAUGUCAACGAUGACGAUGUCCUGAUCAUUGACGGCUUGACCAAGCGCUUUCGUCUGCCCGGGUGGCGGGUGGCGUGGAUCGUGGGACCGAAGGAUUUCAUCAAAGCCAUUGGCUCGUGUGGUUCGUACUUGGAUGGUGGAACGAACGUCCCGUUCCAGCAGGCAGCGAUACCGAUGCUCGAGCCGACAAAAGUCCGCAAUGAGAUGCAAGCGCUCCAGCGCCACUUCCGCGAUAAACGGGACUACGUCGUCGGCCGGCUGGAGAAGAUGGGUUUCGAAUUCGCGUACAAACCGGAUUCCACCUUUUACCUCUGGCUGGAUCUCGAACAGCUGCCGGAAGAGAUCAAUGAUGGAUUGAACUUCUUCCAGGCGUGUUUGGAGGAGAAGUGUAUCGUUGUCCCGGGGAUCUUUUUCGAUCUCAAUCCGAGCAGGAGGAGGGACUUGUUUGACAGUCCGUGUCAUCAUUUCGUAAGGGUGAGUUAUGGACCGCGGAUGGAUCAUCUCAAGGCGGGGUUGGAUUCGUUUGAGAGGGUGUUGGAGAAGUAUAACGCGUUCCCCGAGAGGAGGAAGAAGGUCGCUGCGGAGCAGUGA